AAUAAUUUGAGACGGAGGGGGUAUGAAAACACUCUAAUUCAACGGAAUCAAACUCGAAGGACCGGACCUGACCUCUGUCAUUUCCAUCCAACCGAACCAGAGGUGUUCGGGCCGGGUUUCUAUUUAGGUUUCAGCAGAGUUUUAGCCCCGCCACCGUACUGCAAAACGCCGGUUUCAACCGCAACAAGCCUCCACCAUUGUUCAUUGUCUCGUUCCAGUCCUCAGCCGCGUCCCUGUGCGGCGUGAAGAAACAGCGUCGUACCGGAGGGAGCGCGGCGACAUAGAAACCCUAGGCCAUGGAGAAACGCGUGGUAACAUUGGCCGGAAAACUUUCGCCACUGUCCUCAUCCUCCGUCUUUGAGGUCGCGAUCGGGAUUGCUCGUGUAAGUGUAGAUGCUUCUGUUACGUCCGCGGCUGCUAGCAGCAACACUCCGCCACCUGCCGCUGCCACAUACGAAUACCGUAUUCCUCGUGACGUGUUGUCCGCCGGUGACGUCCGGGCUUCGACUCUGGUACUGCUGAACAAGCUGUUGCUCACGUCAUCUAUACCUGUCUCGGCUUCUGGCAAGCUCGCCGAGAUUGUGAAUGGAGAAAAUAGUGAUUCUGAUGUUGCUAUAGAUGGUAUUGCCAAUGCGCUUCACCCAACUCUCGAUGUUCCGCUAUCAGUUCUGGUUGCCGUUUCAGCCAUAGUUGACCACCGGUCUUCCGCUCUGUCAUUGAUUUCCGAUGCAGUUGCUGCUCUGUCAUGUGAGGCAUUGUGUGCAGAUGUAUCUUCUUUCGAUUUGAUCGAUUCUGGGGAUGGUUCCACUGCCAAGGAUGAUGCUUCUGUGGCUGCCUCUUUGAGGGUCUUCCUCAACGGCUCUAAAAAUGUUGGAAAAGGUCUCCUUGACCCUUCAAUUUAUGAUAUUCCUGAGGUACACGGCCACUUCAAGGAGAUUGGUCGCCUCCUUCACUCCAGGACAAGGGCUCAGCUCAAUUCUGCCUUCAGAGCAAGCUCCUCUGGGGCUUGCAAGGUCUUGUCAACCAUCUUGUUUGAUCACUCAGUGGUCCUUUUGCGUUUGGGAGAGAUUAGUUUCCAGCGUGGCCAACUUGCUUUGGAGUCUGGAAUGGCUUCUGAGGAAUUGCAAAGGAUUUUCCAAUCAAAGUCUCCUUCAGUCGUUGAACUACAUGAACGUUUUGACUCUUUGCUCUCUGGUUUCACCAGCCGAAAUUAUAUUUCAUUUGCUCAUGGCGUUAUUUGUCUGUUGAAGAUGGUGGAGGAUAUUGUGUCUUGGGAGGCAAUGGUUGCAUUUUUCAGGCUAAAGGGAAGUGAUCUAAUUCAAGAGACCCAAGGCAGUGUCCCAUUAGAGGAUAGUAAUGGGAAAAAGGUCAAGAAGAAUAAGAUCUUGUUAGGCAAGGGAACUGCUGCUUUAGUUCAGUUCCUCAUGGAUCAGAUAUCGAAUGUUGCUACUGAGACUAAUGAUACUCUUUGGGAAGGGUACAUAAACAAAUUUCUGUUACUAUGGGACCCCAGCAAUAUUUGUUAUGAGAUUCUGCAAAAUAAAGUAAAAGAGAUUGUUGAAAGUAAUGAAAGCCGCAGGCUUCCUAAAAUUCCGAAGGGUACUCGUGACUUUGCAAAGGAACAAAUGGCUAUUAGAGAAAAGGCUUUUUCUAUAGUAGUCGAUGUUUUUGAAAGGCAUGGUGCUACGACUUUGGACACCCCUGUUUUUGAACUGAGAGAAACUCUGAUGGGUAAAUAUGGAGAAGACUCGAAGUUGAUUUAUGAUAUUGCUGACCAGGGUGGUGAACUUUGCUCUCUCCGUUAUGAUCUCACGGUACCAUUUGCUAGAUAUGUGGCAAUGAAUGGUCUUACAUCAUUCAAAAGGUAUCAGAUAGCUAAGGUAUACAGAAGAGAUAAUCCUUCCAAAGGAAGGUAUCGUGAGUUCUACCAAUGUGAUUUUGAUAUAGCUGGGCAGUUUGAAAAGAUGGGUCCUGAUUUUGAGGUCAUCAAAGUUUUGACGGAAUUGCUAAAUGAGCUUGACAUUGGGGAUUAUGAGGUGAAGUUGAACCACAGACGAUUACUUGAUGGAAUGUUAGCCAUAUGUGGGGUGCCGCAAGAGAAAUUUAGAACUAUUUGUUCAAGUAUCGACAAGCUAGACAAACAAUCUUUUGAGCAGAUAAAAAAAGAAAUGGUGGGUGAGAAAGGGUUGAGUGAAGAGACGGCAGACAAAAUUGGCACGUUUGUCAAAGAAAAGGGAUCUCCUUUGGAACUGCUGCAGAAGCUUAAGCAUGAGGGCAGCAAGUUUCUGGAGAACAGUGAAUCUGCACUUGCAUUAGAUGAGUUGGAGAUUUUGUUUAAAGCUCUGGAGAAGUCAAAAUGCAUCAAUAAAGUAGUGUUUGACUUGAGCCUUGCAAGGGGUCUUGAUUAUUAUACGGGAGUGAUCUUUGAAGCUGUUUUCAAAGGGGAUGUCCAGGUUGGUUCAAUUGCUGCUGGUGGGCGGUAUGAUGAUCUCAUAGGAAAGUUUUGCAAAAAGCAGGUUCCUGCAGUUGGUAUUAGCUUGGGAAUUGAGAGGGUAUUCGCAAUAAUGGAGCAACUCAAUAAAAACAAGGAGAUCCGAGCUAACAAAACGCAAGUGCUUGUUAGCGUCCUGGGGGAUGACCUGACUAUAGCAUCAGAACUAGUGAGUGAGCUAUGGGAUGCCAAACUGAACGCAGAGUUCCUGGUGAACAAAAGGCUGACAAAGCACCUUGAUCUUGCCAAAGAGUCCAAGGUCCCUUGGAUGGUUAUUGUUGGUGAGCGUGAACUUGCCCAAGGGAAUGUCAAGUUGAAGGACGUCCGUGCAUCAAAAGAAUAUACCGUCCCUAGAAUUAGUCUUGUGGAGGAGCUUUGCACCCGGCUUAAGGACACAACAAUCUUAUAGGCUUUGGAUUUACAGGUACUCAUUUUUUAAGAUCAAUGUGUUAGUUUUGCUUUCUUCUCUGGUACGAGUAUUUAUGAAAAGACGAUGAAAAAUUAGAGUCAUUAUUUUGUUCCGGGAGAUUAUAUAUUUCGUGGCUGUGUUUUGUUAGAGAAUAUUGUUUUUUUAAAAAUUAUAGCGCCCUACACACGUAUUUGGUUUGUCUUUUUUGAAGGUGCUACGGAGUAUAUUU